CUAUGGAGUGUUGUUGUGACCAUGUUAUGACUAUGUUAUGUUCCUGUAUUUAUUAAAAGGUUUUUAUAAAUAUUUAUGUGAAUUAUACACGAUUGCAAAAAUGUCAGACAACUAUUCGGUGACAUUAAUAGAAUUAGUAGAAUCAAAACCAAUUUUGUAUGACAAGGACAACUCUGGUUUUAGAGACCACGUAGAAAAACACAAGGCGUGGAAUACUGUGGUGGCUGGUUUGAGAGGAAUGGGUUUUGAAUGUAACAUAUCUGAAGUACAAAACGAGUGGCAGAGGAUCAGAGAAAGGUUCUCUCGUGAAAGGAAGAAAAAUGGGCAGCCCGACAGCAGGAAGCCUUGGGAGUUGAUGCCCCAUCUGGAAUUCUUGAAAAAGGUGGUGAAGUACCGGCGGAACAGACAAAUUAGAAGAAGAACUCUACCUGUUGAUGCCAUCUUGUCAGUGUCUGCUUCUUAUGACAAUUUUCCAAAUGUGAGCAGCGAAUCCAAACUUGAGUUUAGAAACGAAGAAAAUAGCUGUGUUGACGUAAGUUCCGCAGACUACGAUUGCAUUGACAACACGUUAGCAAGCUAUGCCUGCACCAACAGAAGUUCCACAGAGUGUGAGGUGUCUGCGAGCACGCCCACGCCCGCCGUGAAGAGACCAAAGUUGUACGUGCCUGCAACAUCUCGUCAAGUCACGCCACAGACCAACUCUGCCUUGUUCUCCGUGAAGCAGCGGGAGGGCGACACACUCAAAGAAACACUCAACACGUACCUGAGCGUCGCCGCAGAAAUGUCACAGAACAUCAACACCUUCCUGCACAAUAGGUCAGAGAGGAGCCCUUCGACCCACGAUCCCGACGAGGAGAGCUUGAGGGGUUUUAUCAUGGGCUUCUUGCCCUUCUGGAAGGCCAUUGGCCUGAAAGAACGAGCCACUCUCAUGUCCAGUGUUACAGCCCUGUUUGCAGAUGCUCUUCAGAAAAGUGAGGCACCAAAAUAAAUAUUUAUGGGCAUGCCGAUGUUGCAAAUGGGUUAUCCAGCAUCAGAGUGUGUUAAUAAUUUGUGGCAGAUAAGCCCCACAGUAUGAAAGGGUACAUGGACCUGGCAGAGAUUAAUUCUCAGAAUGUGACAUCUUGCCCAUGUGGGUAAUGAAACUCGAUCGACCCCCUUUUGUAAUACAUUCACAAAGUACUGGCUGGCUUUCUGCAUCAGGCACACUUAUUUAUUACAGAACAUGUGAGCUCUUAAUCAGCCGCCCCUCACACCUUGCUCUGAGCAUGCACUCCCUCGUGGUUCGGCAAAAAAACACAUGGCCUGGGAAGAACAUGUUUAUUAACAUAUUACGAUACAUCAAACCCACCCUCAUACAAAGUCUGGUUGCAUUUACAAUAUUUCAAAGUUCAGUGUGUAGAUUAAAACAGUCACAUUAAGUCUACUUUCCAAGGUAGACCCAAAGAGUAAGCUAAAAGGUUUACAAAUAGAUUUAAGUUACCAGAUUGUUUAAUAUCAAUGAGCAGCUAACUUGUACUCCUCAGGUAAUACUUAGCAUCCUACCUCGACUGGUGUUCUCAAGAGACUGGGGCAGGAGAUGCACCGGGUGGUGUUAAGUUAGCUUCACUUGCCACAAAAUGACGACUGUUAGUGCUUGUUUAAAUUUGUGCAGCAGGAGAUACUGAUAACUUACACAAUUACACUCAAUGAAUUAUACUAUGAAACAUAAUAUUAUAUGACUCCUUGAUUAAGUAAACAAACAAUGUUAUGUGAGAUAAAAUAUUACUGCUUUGGGUGCCUUCUGGUAAGUUUGAGUCUGUUGGUUUGGAAUUUCAGUUAAAGCAUAAAAUUUAGUUUCGCCGAUCUUCUGGGAGUCUGCUGAAAACAUGCAAUGGCCACAUGUCACUUGCUGGUGGUGGUUGAAGAGAAAAAAAAAGUGGGGGGGGGGGAGAUGUAGAGUCGCAUCGGGCUCUUACGAGGGAAGCACCCGUGAAUGAUAUCACAUAAUUUCAAUCAAUGUUUAUUUGAAGCUACUGAUGUCUUAAUAGUGAUGCAUUAGGGCAAAGUGAAUAUCUCAAUCAAAUUGCAUUUGUAAGGUAAAUUAUUGGUUUUUGACUUUUUAAUGAAAAGACAUUUAAAUGUUUGUGUAAGUUGGUUUUCAAAAAUAGUGUAAAUAUAUUUUUUUCCCUGCUAACGUAGAUUGGUUUUCGAGUCAGUGACUUGUUGACAAUGCUCAGUGACAUGAUGAGGAAGGGAGUGUAUUAUAGUGAUUUUAUCAUAGGUUCACAUCUUUAAUCUACUUUUUUUUUUUAGUGAAAACGCUUGAAUAUACUGCACCAUUACGCCAAGACAUCUUAACCGAUUUCAGUGAUAUUUUGUACAUAUCCAGAUACUGUAAUAAAAAUACAUGUAAGAUGGUUAUAUUCCAGGAACAUAAAAAAUAAGGCCUGCAUUGAAAAUAAAUAAAAUAUUUUAAUAUCAGAC